CGCUCUCGUGUGGACUGGAAAAACAACAGCUAGCUGAGCUGCUAGCAACACCAAACACUACUUGUUAGCAACUAUUGACAUUAAAGUACCGUUGGAAUUGGCCGCAACAAACAAGACGUAAUUGCUAAAUCAACCUCAUGGCGAUAAGGGAGCUAAUGGUCCAUGAAGAGUUUUGGAUACACAGAGAGUGGCUGGUCCACCAGAGACAGCAUCAGACACCACAGCACAGAUAACACCUCCAAACUGAUAAACCAUGAUCCCGAUCACUGAGUUACGGUACUUUGUAGACACACAACCAGCGUACCGCAUCCUGAAGCCAUGGUGGGAUGUGUUCACCGACUACAUCUCCAUCGUUAUGCUUAUGAUUUCUGUUUUUGGAGGGACGCUACAGGUCACCCAGGACAAAAUGAUCUGCCUGCCCUGCAAGUGGGUGGUCAAUCAGACCUGCAGGAGGACCUUCAAUUCCACCUUUUCCACAUCAGUGCUUCUGGAACCCAAGGGGAUCCAGUACGAUCUGGAUCGCCACCAAUACAACUAUGUGGAUGCUGUGUGCUAUGAGAACAGAUUGCACUGGUUUGCUAAAUACUUUCCUUAUUUAGUAUUACUCCACACCCUUAUUUUUCUUGCUUGCAGCAACUUUUGGUUUAAAUUCCCUCGGACUAGCUCAAAACUAGAGCACUUUGUAUCUAUUUUGCUCAAAUGCUUUGAUUCUCCAUGGACUACAAGGGCACUGUCUGAGACAGUGGUUGAAGAGAGUGACCCAAAGCCAAUGAAAAUGAACGGCUCAGUGGACCACAAGGAGUCUGUCAUCAGUGAGGAUGUUGAAGCUAGUGUUCCUAUGCUUCAGAGGACAAAGUCACGCUUUGAACAGGGCAUUGUGGAUCGAACUGAGACGGGGGUUUUAGACAAGAAAGAGGGGGAACAGGCAAAAGCCCUCUUUGAAAAAGUGAAGAAGUUCCGUAUACAUGUGGAAGAAGGAGAUAUUGUGUACAGACUGUAUAUCCGUCAGACUAUCAUCAAAGUCAUCAAAUUCAUUUUGAUCAUCUGCUAUACAGGGUAUUAUGUGCACGAUAUUAAAUUCAGUGUUGACUGUUUGGUGGACAUAGAGAGUCUGACAGGGUACAGAAUGUACCGCUGUGCUCAUCCACUGGCUACACUGUUUAAGAUAUUAGCCUGUUUCUACAUUAGCUUAGUAGUGGUGUACGGUUUGAUUUGCAUGUACACCCUUUGCUGGAUGCUUCGGCGUUCUCUGAAGAAGUACUCCUUUGAGUCAAUACGGGAGGAGAGCAGCUACAGUGACAUACCCGAUGUGAAGAAUGACUUUGCAUUCAUGUUGCACAUGAUAGAUCAGUAUGACCCUCUUUACUCCAAACGCUUUGCUGUGUUUCUGUCAGAAGUAAGUGAAAAUAAACUGAGGCAGCUCAACCUCAACAAUGAGUGGACGCUGGACAAGCUCAGGCAGCGGAUUACCAAGAACUCUCAGGAUAAGUUGGAGUUGCACCUUUUCAUGCUCAGCGGCAUUCCUGACACAGUAUUUGACUUAAUGGAGCUGGAGGUCCUUAAACUAGAGCUUAUCCCUGAUGUAACUAUCCCCCCAAUCAUCGCACAGCUGGUUAACUUGCGAGAGAUGUGGCUUUACCACACACCAGCCAAAAUCGAGGCUCCUGCAUUAGCUUUUUUACGAGAGAACUUAAAGUCUCUGCACAUCAAGUUCACUGACAUCAAAGAAAUUCCCUUAUGGAUCUACAGUCUGAAGAAUCUGAGCGAGCUUCAUCUGACUGGGAAUCUCAGUGCCGAGAACAACCGUUACAUUGUUAUCGAUGGGCUCCGGGAGCUCAAAAGGCUCAAAGUUCUACGUUUGAAGAGCAAUCUCACCAAGCUACCUCAGGUGGUGACUGAUGUGGGCAUGCACCUCCAGAAGCUCUCCAUCAAUAAUGAAGGCACCAAGCUGAUGGUGCUCAACAGCUUCAAGAAGAUGGUGAACCUGACAGAGUUGGAGCUAAUACGUUGUGAUCUCGAACGCAUACCACAUUCGAUCUUCAGCUUGCACAACUUGCAGGAAAUUGAUCUGAAAGACAACAACCUGAAGACCAUUGAAGAGAUCAUCAGUUUCCAGCACCUUCAUCGGCUGGUCUGCCUUAAGCUCUGGUACAACCAGAUCGCCUACAUUCCCAUCCAGAUGGGCACACUGACCAACCUGGAGAAAUUGUACCUGAACAGAAACAAGAUUGAGAAGAUCCCUAGCCAGUUGUUUUACUGUCGCAAGCUGCGCUUUCUGGACCUGAGCCAUAACAACCUAACAUAUAUUCCAACUGACAUCGGCUUCCUCCAGAACCUUCAGUACCUGGCAGUAACCGCCAACAGAAUUGAGAGCCUGCCUAACGAGCUGUUCCAGUGCAAAAAGCUCCGCACUUUGAACUUGGGAAACAAUUGCCUGCAGUCCCUGCCGUCACGGUUUGGAGAACUGACCGGACUGACACAGCUCGAGCUGAGAGGCAACCGUCUGGAGUGUCUGCCCGUGGAGCUGGGCGAGUGCCGACAGCUAAAGAGAACCGGACUGGUGGUGGAGGAGGACCUCUUCAAUACCCUGCCCACAGAGGUUAAAGAACAGUUAUGGAAAGUAGACAAAGAACAGGCAUAAACAGGUCUGUGGAUGGGAGUAAAUACUGCUACUCACCGACCGCUCUCCAACACAGGAGGGACGCCCAUACAGUCCCACAGGGCUUGUUAAAACCGACAGUUGUCCUGAUGCAGUGCACAGCCAGAAGGGUUGGGUAUCAACACCGGUGCCAGAUUGGCAGAACAGGAAUAAUGAUCAGUCUAGUUGAUUUUUUGUUCCUUAAAAAAAAAAAAACAACUUCUCAGGCCUUUCUCACUACAGCUCAGUAACGAUGCUUUUUAGCAGUUAUGUAGCAGAGAAACUGAUCAGAAGCAUGUUUACAUAUUGUGUCUCAGAUAUAAUGGGGAGAGCCAGCUUUGUUUAACCCAUAAAGACCCAGUGCUACUUUUGUGGCAGUUCCCA